AACUACCAAGAAAAAAGAAUGAUGGCAAUACAGGCUGGAACGGAUUCACAGCCGUUUACCACAAAACGCAAUUAAUUUUCCCAAUUAUGUUAUUUGUCAUAUGUUUUGUUAGAUAAUUGGCUUUGCCAGCCGAGUUGGCAAAACACAAAACUACGUACGACCCGAGCACGUUUCAAAUUUUCAUCCCACAACUCUGUGCCCAAAGCAUUGAUUUCGAACCGUUGGGAAGUCCAUGAAAAUGAAUGGAAUCGAUUGAAGUUCAUUCAUGAACGUGAGCCUGAGGUCUACCUGCCUAAGCGUGGGAAAGUUGAUCGGAGCCAGGAUCGACGUUGCCGGAGAUCGAUGGAGAGAGCAGGUAGACAUCAGGAAUAAAAAUUGGGCUGCUCCGUAAUUGCGUCGACCUGGGUGUGUCUGUUGGGUUAUUUGUUGCGGGCGCUGGGAGUUUUGUGUUAUAUGCCAAAAAGUCCCAAGUGGACAAAAACUCAAAUUUCCGGUUUUUUGACCAGUCUCCGUAUUUCCCACGGAUACCUACCCACAGCGACUUUGUAUAAAACGAGGCCACAGGAUCCGUUCAGCACACAGUCGAGCAAACGACAGCAACGAGAACACAACGUGACAACACCAUGUACUACAUAAUUCAAAUACUCCUGAGCAUUGCCAGCACCGCAACGGCAGCAACCAUUGUGGAACCGAUGAGCAACUACUACCAGUACACCCAAUUCCAGACGCCACUCUCUUGGGAAGCCAUCAGCAGCAGCAGUCUGGAGCAGGCCAUGACCAGUUGUCAGGAGAGCUUCAAAUGGCAACGCUGGAACUGCCCCAGUCAUGACUUUAUCAAGCGACGCACAGAUCCACCCAUCGCCCAGGAGAUGGAUCGCGAAGAUGUCUAUGUGACAGCCAUUGCCACCGCAGCCAUUUUGCAUAAACUGACAAGGGACUGCGCCAAUGGGAUCAUUGCUGGAUGCGGCUGCAGCGAGAAUGUCCUCAAUGUGCCCUGUGCCCAUGAGCCAGAGAAGGCGCUGCAGCUCUAUCAGCAGCGAUAUGGCGUUGGAACAGGUGCCGUUGGCCACAAUCAACGUGUGGUUGGUGCCUUGAUGAAGCAAUCACUGGAACUGGAGUGCCAUUGCAAACAGCAUAAUGCACAGGGGAACUGCCUGAAGGAGCAGUGUGUGCCGGUGCUCAAAUCCUUUGAGGCUAUCGCACAGGAUCUGUUGCAUAUGUACGACGAUGCCAUACAGCUGGACACAACCACCAGCAACCUGAAGAUCAUGUGGCAGAAUAUACCUCUCGACUCGUUCGUCUACAUGCAGGACUCGCCCAACUACUGCCAGCCGGAGGAGAAUAAUCGCUGGGCAGGCACACUUGGGCGCCAGUGCAGCAAGCAUAGUGGCAGUGGAACCCCUGCCGAUGAGCGUCUCUCCUGUCAGCAGCUCUGUCGCGUCUGUGGAUUCCGCGUCCGCUCCCAACAUGUGCGCAACGAGCGACGUUGCAACUGCAAACUCGUCUGGGGAUUCCGAUUGCAGUGUGAUGCUUGUAUUCAACUGGAGCGACAAUACAGCUGCUUUUAGAGAAAGACAGACAGAUGGAGAGAGAGAGAGAGACUGAGCUAUCUUUUGUGGGCGCUGGUUGAACCUCGCAAUAGGUGCAAUUAUUUACUCAGACUUUAGACUUUAGUUAAU